AUUCAACCGGAAGUGAUUUUUUUUAUUUUUAGUAAUGCCUUCAUUAUCCUAACAUUUUUUCAGAUUAUUGAUAAAAUAUUGCCCUAAAUUAUUAAAAGAUGACCAACAUUGCUCAAGCAAGAAUAAAGAGAGAAUUUAAAGAAGUUGUCAAAAGUGACGAGGUUGCUGCCUGUAACAUUACAUUAGAAUUAGUUGAUGAUAAGUAUAAUGAAUUAAUAGGUAAAAUAGCUGGGCCGCCAGAUACACCAUAUGCUGAAGGUACAUUCUGUUUAGAAAUUAGAAUACCAGAAACAUACCCUUUUAAUCCACCAAUAGUUAAAUUUUUAACUAAAAUAUGGCAUCCCAAUAUAAGUUCAGUUACUGGUGCUAUUUGUCUAGAUAUUUUAAAAGAUCAAUGGGCGGCUGCAAUGACAUUACGGACAGUUUUAUUAUCAUUACAAGCAUUAUUAGCAGCUGCAGAACCAGAUGAUCCACAAGAUGCUGUGGUAGCACAACAAUAUAAGGAAAAUUACUCAAUAUUUGAAAAAACUGCUAAACAUUGGACAGCAGUUUAUGCAGGAGGUCCCAAAUCAUGUCCAGAAUUAGAUUCAAAGAUUACAUCCUUAAAAAAUAUGGGCUUUGAUGAGAAUCAAGCUCGAGCUGCAUUAUCUUCUAAAGGAUGGGAUAUAGAACGUGCCACGGAAUAUUUAAUAAAUUAAUAUAUAUAUACAUACAGACUUAUAGAGAACUAUUUUCAUUAUCUUUCAAAAUGGCCUGGAAAUUUACUUUAAAUUCACCACUGAAUUUGUACUUUCUUUGAUAUUUCCAAUGAUUACAAUGGUAUGCUGCAAAUUUCCAGGCCAAAAAAGAGUGGUCUUGUGUGCCUCUGAUUGUUGACUUUACUGGAUGAUGUAGACUACAGAAAUUUAUCUAUUGGAGUGAGAUCCAGUCCUAUUUCAACAUAUAUAAAUCAUGUGUGAAUGGAACCAAUAUUUCUACAGAAAUAUUUCUGAUUUAUUUCGUUAUAGUCUGAUUAAACUAAGAAUCAUAAACAUGAUUAUAUGCUAAAAUAGGAUAGAAAACAAUCAUUGUUAAAAUCAUGAUUAUCUACAUUACACUACAAUAGCUACUGUUCUUGUAUCUUGGAAGAUUGCAGUAUUUGAUAAGAUCAUACGCUACUGAAUAAGCCAAUUAGAGCUGCCUACAGAAACUCUGUAAACAAGAAGCUGUAAUGUUUACAGUUUUGCUGUCAAGGGCUCUGAUUGGCUGUAUUUGCAGACGUGCAGUCCAAUCAAUCUGUGAUAAAUGAAAGGUGGUUAUUGUAGUCAAGGUAUGUAACAAAGACAAAGUUAUGUAAUACCUUGACCAUUAUGAAGAUGAGCUGCCAAAAAAAUAUGCUGUAUUCAAGUCUACAAUUACAAAAUUCAUUAU